AGUUGAUGGCGUCUUAAGUCAUCUGACGUGGGUUUUCGCCCAUGACUCCCCCGUUCGGGAGAUCAGAGGCGGCUCGGCUGCAGUGGGGUCAGGUCGUCUGCGCUCGUCCUUUCGACGCCCCCUGCCAUACCUUCCCUAGCGUCACCGCAUCGCGUACUGUGUUCAUUACCAGUUCUAGAUUCCCCGUCUUGCAUUUUCCGUAAUUCCCCGUUCUAUUCUGCUCACCAUUCUUCGGCUGAGUUUCUGCUUGUCUCUGAGGCCCGCAGAGACCCGCUGAGGCCCGCUGAGGCCCGCUGAGGGCCCCUCCUCUCCACCAUGUCCCCGGCACUCCCUCUAGUCCUCCUUUUGGCCGCUCUCUGUGCGCCGACUCGCUCUCACUCCUACUACACCUCCACACCUGCUGACGGCGGCACGUGUCCCGGAGACGACUGGCGGCCGUACCAGGGACGCUGCUACUGGCGCUCGACGUUUGUGGCGCCCUGGAGGAUCAUCGGGGAUCUGUGUCAGCUUGUCGACGCCGAUGCCAGGCCCGUGUCGAUUCAUAAUAAUGAUGAAAACUACUUUGUGACGGGAAUGGCGAAGAGUGACUCCUGGAUUGGUCUCAAAAGGUAUGGUGGUACCAAGGACUGGAAGUGGUCGGAUGGAACGCCAUACGACUUCGCCAGGGGCUCUCACAGUGGCCCCAGCGAUCAGUGCAUGAGCGUUGCCGAUAAUGUUUGGAGCGCGCGGAGCUGUGAAGAGGAUCUGUACUUUAUUUGUCACGUGGAGAUGAAGGUGGAGCCGACCACCGACCAGCCAGAGAGUACGACUUGGAACCCGUGGGGUCCUACUACCAGGGAUCCGUGGGGUCCUACAACUCGAGAACCCUGGGAUACGACCACCAGGGAUCCGUGGGGACCUACCACCAUGGAUCCGUGGGGUCCUACAACGAGAUACCCGUGGGAUACCACCACAAGAUACCCUUGGUGGCCUACAACGAGGGAUCCUUGGGGUCCAACCACCAGGGAUCCUUGGGGUCCAACCACCAGGGAUCCUUGGAGUCCAACCACCAGGGAUCCGUGGGAUACGACCACAAGAUACCCGUGGUGGCCAACAACCCGAGAACCAUGGGAUACCACCACAAAGGACCCAUGGGGACCCACCACUAGAUACCCCUGGCAUUCGACGACCACGUACCCCUGGUGGCCGACCACUAGACACCCGUACUGGCCAACCAGCGACCCUCCGUACACGUCUGAGCGCCCGACGGGUACACCGUGUACCUCUGAGGGUACCCGGGAGCCCACCACGCCGGAGAGGCCCUCGUCCCGGUACCCGUGGCCGACGUCCAGCGAGGCGCCUACCACAGGAGCCGAGACGUCCACAGAUUGGUGGCACACGACUUCAGACUACCCGUACUGGAGGAAGGAAGGGAAGGAAGACAACGACAAGAGGAGACCGGAGCUAGAAGAGGGUGGGGAGGGGGUGGAACUGAAAAAGGCAGAGAGGAGGGAAGUAGAAGAGAUACCGGUGACUGCGGACAAGGAAGAAGUGAAUGUGAUGCCUGUGACCAAAGAGGCUGAAUUGGAUGUGGUGGGAUAGGAGAGGUGUUCACUGUUCAGGCCGGUUUUCCUAAAUCGAUGAAAUAGAAGGCUAGAGUGCCCACUACAUCAUGGCGAUUCCGCAGUCUAGGCAUAUUGUGGGUAAGAGCAUCGAUUUGUUACCAAGAUAUGUGGUUUUAAAUACAGCUUUUGUGAUUGCGUUAUCAUGCGUCUAGAUUAUUUAAGCGAGCGCUAAAUCAAAAUUGAUUGUCCUGGCACAUCCUGUGGAAUUAUACCAUAGUGGAUGUUUCGCUUACCAACGUUUUUGCAAUGUACAAUUCGCUCAUAAAAGUCGCUUAUUGAUAUGUAUCAUGAAAACGAUUUUAGCCAAAUUUGUUAUCCAUUUCUGAUUGGCUCUACAUCUGAACAGCUCUGUUGUCUGUAUUCAUGCUGGCUCAACACAAUUGCAAUAAUAAAUGAAAUCUGUAACA